AUGGCUUCGGAUGCUUCGAGUGCUUUGCGGCAGGUCAUACAGAAUACCACUGUACCUGUCGUGCCAUCUCUGUCCCCUGGUACCGAGCCGUCCUCUGUCGGCUCGACAGCGGGCUUGAUCUUGGCUAUCUUCACCAUGCUACCCAGCCUUCUCCUAUGGUUUAUCGCUUUCAUAACCAUUACCUUACCAACAUGGUUAUUCACAUUUUUGUCUACAAGUCUGACGUUGACUGUCAACAUGACCACCGUCGUACUGAUCCUGAUCUUCUUUGUCUCUACUGCCAGUUGGGUGGUCCGCUAUCGCUUUCUGAACAUGUACUCACGCCUACCCCCGGAGCCCCAGCGCAAAGAACCCCAGGUCGAAGUCUUUCCGGAUACUCAAGAGACAGACUCCAAGCAAGGCCUGGCGAACUAUCUCGAUGAGUUCUUGAGUGCCAUCAAGGUUUUUGGUUACCUCGAACGCCCUGUUUUCCACGAGCUCACCAGGACCAUGCAAACAAGGAAACUCAUUGCUGGAGAAACCAUCCUGCUGGAAGAGGAGAAAGGCUUUUGUCUAGUCGUGGAUGGCUUGGUCCAAAUCUUUGUCAAAUCGAACAAGGAUCGAGAAGAAGAUCCAUCAACCGGCAGGACCACUCCCGAAGAGACUGGUGUUGAUGACGAAGGACGUAUACACGGCAAUCAGGGAUACCAGUUGUUGACCGAAGUCAAGAACGGUGCGCCCAUGUCUUCGUUAUUCUCCAUUUUGUCUCUCUUCACUGAGGAUGUCAAGCUGCGCCACGACGAGAAAGAUGUGGAAGUAGCCUCAGGCCUACGAGAUGGCGGCCAACCUCAAACGCCACGAUCAACUCGUCACAGCGGAGCUGCCACCNCCUUGUCGCCUAUCGUGAGCCCCAAUCUUACUGCUACAGGAGCAGAGCCUCAUACGGUCCUACAUGGCCUCGAUGCUGCAUCCUUUGCUCAAAGCGCUGUACCUUCGUUCUCCUUGAAUGAUCCCAACGAGGCAGGCCCUGAGCCCAAGUCGAGACAGGGUAGCAGCAACGAUGGCCGCAGACAAUCUACUAAGCACAUAUCUGCGCAUCCGGAUAUCGUCGCAAGGGCUUCCGUCGAUACCACGAUCGCAAUUAUUCCAGCGACUGCUUUCCGACGACUUACCCGUGUCUACCCAAAAGCAUCUUCACAUAUUGUACAAGUCAUCCUCACUCGACUUCAGCGCGUUACAAUGGCGACAGGCCACCAAUAUCUUGGCCUUACUGGCGAGGUUUUGCGUACCGAAAGACUCAUGGAUGGUUACACUUCAUACGAUCUUCCAGACUUCUUGAAGGGAGAUGCCUUAGAAAGACUGAAAAGCAAAUUCACCAAGGAAAAGGAGCGUACUGGUCCCGAGGAGAUCUCUAAGGGCAUCGCUUUGCAUAACCCUCGGGCCGGCCAAAGGAAAAAGACAGCGACUGGUCUACGAAAAGAAGCUGUUCUGCAUGCGCAAGCUGUGCCUAGCAGCCGUCGUGGCGGCGGUGGUAGAAGCGAGUCUAUCCACACGCCUACCCGUAGUAGCAGACUUGGCCCAGAGCGAGGUCCUCUAUCGCCUGACCCUGGAGCAGACAGAUCAGGUGUCAGUGCUGGAGAUUUGCUGACCAACAAUAACAAUGUGGCAAGACAAGGGGGUCGCAGGAACAUGGCACCAUACUCGUUGCCCUUCCAAACUCCGAAACCUCUUGGUAGAGAUGCUAUGAGCCCUAUGGCCAGCAGGAACUUCAACCCUUUCGAUGCUCAUAUCAAAACUUUGCGUCGUCAAGAUUCUGUGGACGAGGACAUGAUCUUCAGAGAAUCCAUUCUCGAUUGCAUGUUUAAAGCCAUUGGGCUCACUAAUAUAAAAGACGGGCUUUCGAGGGUGGACUCUCUACCACAGUCACCCAAACUUGUCUCUUAUGACUCUAAACGACAAAAAGCUGUCUUCAACAAUGCAUUUGGUUUUAUUGAUCCAUUCGAUCCCAACGAUGGUGAAACCGAGUCCAUCGCGUCGACAUCUUUUAGUGCGACUGGUAACAUGAACAUCUUGGAAGACAUGAAAGAGGAAGUUGAGAUUGUCUUCUUUCCUAAAGGAUCCGUUCUUGUCGAGCAAGGUGAACGUAAUCCUGGACUUUACUAUGUCAUUGAUGGCUUCCUUGAUGUCAGUGUGCCUCUCGAAGAGUCUGAGGCUGCAGAAUCCAAUAUCUUUGGUACUUCAGCUGGUGUUGAUUUCGAUAGCGAGCCUCAAACUAUCAGAUCCACAGGAGGUAGAAACAUGGGCAGUGUUCGAAGACCUAGCUCCCUCUCGCUCAACCCGAACCCGCCAAACAAACCACGCAAUAGAAAACAGAAAAGUCUCUUCUUGACCAAGCCUGGUGGACUGGCUGGUUACCUCGGGACCGUCUCCUCAUACCGCUCAUUCAUCGAUGUCACUGCCAAGACUGAUGUCUACGUGGGCUUCCUCCCAAGAGCAGCCGUAGAGAAGAUUGUGGAGAGAUUCCCAAUUGUGCUACUAACCAUCGCCAAACGUCUCACUACUCUGCUUCCAAAGCUCAUCUUGCACAUUGAUUUCGCCCUCGAAUGGGUCCAAGUUAAUGCUGGGCAAGUCAUCUAUAACCAGAAAGAAGAAAGUGAUGCCAUCUACAUUGUGCUCAACGGCAGAUUGAGAGCAAUCCAAGAAGGGCCAGACGACAAGAUGAGAGUCAUUGGUGAAUAUGGUCAAGGCGACAGCGUGGGAGAGCUUGAAGUCCUGACCGAGUCCACAAGACCGGGUACGCUGUUGGCCAUUCGUGAUACAGAGCUGGCGAAGUUCCCCAAGACCUUGUUUAACAGUCUUGCUCACGAACAUCCUGGAAUCACGAUGAAAAUCUCCAAGAUCAUUGCUUCCCGCAUGCGUGCGCUGAUUGAGGAUCCCACUUCCGAACACGGCAAGGAUACAAGCAGGAUUGCAACCCGUAGCAAGGCUUCGUCAACUACAAAUCUGCGUACUGUCGCAAUCUUACCUGUUACAGCGGGCGUUCCUGUAGUCGAAUUUGGUCACCGCUUGCUCAACGCUUUGAAUCAGAUUGGCGCUACACCACAAAGAACCACUUCACUCAACCAGGCGGCCAUUCUGAACCACCUUGGCAGACAUGCAUUCACCAAGAUGGGCAAGUUGAAGCUCUCUCAAUAUUUGGCUGAUCUUGAAGAAGAGUUUGCGCUGGUCUUAUACGUCGCCGAUACUAACGUCAAGUCGCCCUGGACGCAAACUUGUAUCAAUCAGGCAGAUUGCAUCCUCCUUGUAGGUCUGGCAGAAGGAUCGCCUGCUAUCGGUGAAUACGAGCGCUUCCUCCUCACGACGAAGACCACGGCGAGAAAGGAACUCGUCUUGUUACACGCUGAGCGAUAUUGUCAUCCUGGACUCACGCGGAAGUGGCUCAGAGAUCGUUCAUGGAUCAAUGGAAGCCAUCAUCAUAUUCACAUGUCGUUCCGUGACAAUGUUGAGCCUGUUCAUCCUCAAGUCAGAAGGUUCAGUACUGCCAUCAAACAGCGUGUUCAGGUCAUCCAGGCCGAGAUCCAAAAGUACACUUCUAGGAAAGUACGACAGACGCCGUUGUAUUCAGCCGAGACACCAUUCAAGGGCGACUUCCAUCGUCUGGCUCGCCGUCUUCUUGGCAAGUCUGUUGGUCUUGUGCUUGGUGGAGGCGGUGCCAGAGGUAUUGCUCAUGUGGGUAUUAUCAAAGCGAUGGAAGAAGCUGGCAUCCCCAUCGACAUUGUCGGAGGCACAUCGAUUGGUUCGUUCAUUGGUGCACUCUAUGCAUGGGACGCCGAUGUGGUUCCUAUGUAUGGUCGAGCAAAGAAAUUCUCUGGCAGGAUGGGUAGUAUGUGGAGAUUUGCCUUGGACCUGACCUACNCCAUCGUAUGUUGCCCUACUUAUUGA